CGAUUGAUGCGUCAGGAUGACAGGAAAAUCAGCGCAAAAACAUAUUUAUCAGCAACCAGGAUUUUUUAAUCAGGUGAUUUGCGCUUCUCUCGGAUCCUUGAGUGGGAUCAUAGCAUCAACCGGAGGAACAUUUUCUGCGGUGGGAAUACCGUCCUUCGAACGGGAUGAAAAUGCUCCAUUCAUCAUGGGCGAAUCCGAAAAGGCGGCUUUCAACAGCGUUUUACUUCUAGCAAUGACGUUCGGCCCAAUCGUUGGCCCUUUCAUGACAACCCUGGAAGGCCCACGCACGAUCCUUCUGCUGCUAUUGCUGCCUAUAAUUGCGAGCUGGCUCAUGCUUGCAUUUGGAGACACCAUCUAUGUAUUUUUCAUUUCACGCACUAUACUUGGCAUGUGUGGCGGCAUUUCCAGUUCAAUCGGUCAGAUUUACCUCACGGAGAUAACUUCAGUAGAAGUCCGUGGAUUCAUUUCAUCCACUGGGAUGCUAGCCCAAUGCUGGUAUGCAUUCAUCGGUAGCGUGGCGGCAUUGUUCUUGUCUUGGCGUGGCUUAGCCAUCCUGAACGCCGUAUUGAUGACAGUCCAUCUGUUGCUCGCUUUCUUGUUUCCGGAAUCACCCACGUGGCUACUCCGGAAGUCGACUGAAAUGAAAGCCAGGCGAGCUUUAACGUUUCUUCGCGGUAAAGAAAACGUGGAGGUGGAACUGCUGGACCUUCAAUCCCGUGUUGCCAAGUCGAAGGUGCACUCACAGAAAUUUCUCGACUUGCUCGACCGC